GUUUGUAAACAUUGAGAAUUGAAUUGUAAACAUUUCCAUUUUUAAAUGUCAAUUUAAAUUGUUGUUAAUUUGAUUGUUUUUGGUUAAAUUGCAAGUUAGAUUAAUUGUUUCUUAAUUGUGAUUCAGUUUUCAGCCCAAUGGAGGAAAGAAAACGUUCAAAAGGAAGUGGAACAAGUGGUAAAUCAGGUGAUAAAAUGGAUUCCAUUUCUGAUGAAGUUCGUCAAGAUAUUAAAGAAGCUUUUAAAUUGUUUGAUCGUGAUAAUAAAGGAACCAUCGAGAUAAUCAAUUUGAAAUUAGCCAUGAGAGCUCUUGGAUUUGAGCCAAAAAAGGAAGAGAUUAAAAAGAUCACUGCUGAAUUCGUUAAAGAAGGCAAAGGAUUGGUUGGUUAUGAUGAUUUCUAUAAUUUGAUGACUCGAAAAAUGAUGGAGAAAGACAUUAAUGAUGAGAUAAUUAAAGCCUUCCAAUUGUUUGAUUUAACCGAUUCUGGUAAAAUACGAUUCGAAGAUCUGAAAAAGGUCUCCCAGGAAUUGGGUGAAAAUAUAAGUGAUGAUGAGCUUCGAGAAAUGAUUCUUGAAGCAGAUCGAGAUGAAAAUGGUUAUGUUGACAAGGAAGAGUUUCUCAGAAUCAUGAAGAAAACUUGUCUCUAUUAAUUGACAAUCAAUUAAUUAACAUCUCUCUCUAUGAAUAUAUUUAUCUGCUUCUACUUAAUAUUGACUCAAUCAAUCAAUAUAUUUUUAAUUGUUCCAUCGCUUUUGUCUCAAUCGUCGAUUUUUAUGUUCAACAACAAUUAUUGUUAAACGUUGAAAAGCUUAACCAUAUUGACCAAAGAAAAUUGGAUAUUUAAUUGUAUCACCUUUGUUUCCAAUUUAAUUUCCAUGUUUAACUUGAUUCUCAUGUAAUCUCUUGUGUGUUCAUAACCUUUAAUUGCCAAAUGAUUGUAUCCAUUUGAUAUUCUUGUUAAAAUCCAUUAUAUAUAUAAAAUAAAUAAGUUUGCAUUUGA